AUUAAAAAAAAGGCAACAAAUUUCGCUCUACAGUGACCAGCUAACGCUCCAUUGUACCGUCAAAACCCGUAUCGAAUUCAAGUUACGUGUCUAAAACCCGUGAAGAGCUCAAGUUCCAAGUAAUCUCGAGCACGAAAACAAACCAAUAAGCUGCGGCCCAAAGUGGAAUCGGAAAUCGAGAAUGGUUGUUUGUUUUUCAAAGUUCGUUGAAGGGUUUUCAAAGUGAGUCGAUCUUUCAAGUGUCUCUCCGCGGAUCGUGAUCGUGGGGGCUUAGAGUCCGGUCAGGUGUGAUCGAAAGUGAAAUUCCCAAUCCCACGUGUGUGGGACCUCGAGAUAAUAGAAGGGUUUGUGUGGUGUGUGGGGUUCGGAAAUAAUCCCUUAAAUUAUAGAUUUGUACGUCCGAAACCGAAAGUGACAGUGCGUGCGUCAUUAAGGUCCCACGACGUCAGAGAAGACGGAGGAAGUGGUCAAUGGGUGCGGAGUGGUUGAUUAGGAUAGGUUAGGCUCGAGAUUUACGGGUAAUUGCGGAAGAAACCUUCAGAAGAUGGAAGCCGACGUGCUGAAUGCCCUCAACACCCAGACGGCGUACAUUCCGGGUGGGCGGGACCGCGAUGGUCAUCCGCUGAUAGUGAUUCCGGUGCCCUUCUACGACAACCUGCCGUGGAUGAAGGGCUUCCUGGAGACUACCGUCAAGUACUUGCUGGGUGCGCUGAGUGAGGAAACGACGGCGGCCGGAUUUGCGGUCAUUUUGGAUGCGCAAAAGUGCGCCUGGCGUUCGGCGCGGCAGUACAUUCGGCACGUGCAAUCGCUGCUGGGGCCUCACUUGGACAGCUUUCUGGUGAUACGACCGGACGCGUUCUGGGAGAAGAAUCGCGUCGAGAACUGCACCCGCCAGCAUCGGCAGGGAGAGCCGAUUGUGAUCUCCAAAUCACGUCUCGUCAAGCACUUUGACUGGAGCGAGCUGCCGGAGGAGUUGGGUGGGACCGCGGCCUACAACCACGAUCACUGGAUCCAAAAUCGACUGCGCAUUGAGGAAUUUCGAAAAUCCUACGAUAAAGCGAUCGCUGACCUAGAAAACCUGCAGCAGGCCCUGCCCGACCCGGGCCGGCCGGUGGCCAGGGCGAGCGAAUCGGAAGCAUCGCUCAAGUCCUGCCGGGCGCUCAACCAGGACGUCCAGAAGCAGCUCGCGCAGGUUUUGGACGGGGGCAACAAGCUGAUCUCGCACAUCGGCGACCUUCAAAGUACAAAGCCGCUCAUCACGCAGGACCUGCUGGACAGCCGCGAACAGGUCAAGCACAUGCUCAACACGAUCGAGAAGCGGCAAUCCACCAUCAACGGUGCCCUGCUCGAGCUGGAGCGCCAGGUCGAAGAGCUUCGCGAGCUCGCGACCCUGGAGGAGGGCGUCUCGUACGUCACCAGCUGGAUCCUGACGACCGCGGAAACCAUGCUGAACGCCCAGCUCAAAGUCGGCUACGACGUGACCACGGCCGACAAGCUGCGCCUCGAGCACGAGAUCCUCGAGCUGCAGUGCUGGAAGACGUACGGCUUCUACGCGGAGCUGAUCUACAAGAUCGACAACUUUCCAAAGAUGAAGGACUCGGCGGCGUACCAGGACGUGACGUCGCAGCGCGAGUGGAUGGACUUUGUGUGCCGGAGCUUUGCGCAGCGGCUCGAGCGGCGGCGGAACGUGCUGAUCACGUCGGUGCGUUUUUACCGGUUGGUCGCGGAGUACUUUGACCGGACGAGCGAGGUGUUCCAGUCGCUGAUUAUGGGCGACAAGGUGGACGAUUUUGAUCUGGCGAAUGCGAAGCUGCAGAAGCUGAAGGAUAGUCAACAAACUUUGGACACUGUCGAGAAGGAGAUCAUCAAGGAGGGCGAAAAGCUGAGCGACAUCCUGUCGAUGCCGGUCAAGGACGCCGUCGGCCGCGAGGUGGACGUCGACUACAGCGAGGACAUUGCCAACGUGCGGGACAUCCUGGACGCGACCAUCUCGCGGUCGCACAUCUUCGUCGAGAGUGUCGAGCUGCAGAAGCUCACGCUGGACCAGAUCACGCACAUCUACAAGUACGAGACGGACGCGGAGACGGCGCUCCAGUGGAUGGACGACCUGUACAAGGUGAUGAUCCGGUCGCACACGCACGUCGGGACGAACGUGUACGAGAUCCAGGCGCAAAAGGACGAACACCAGACGUUCCAGGAGACGGCGAAGGGAACGUACAACUACGGCUGUCAGCUGCUGAACGCAUCGCUAGCACUGCGACAGUCCUGCAAGCUGGAAACGGAUCGGAACAUCGAGAUGACCCGGCAGCUGCAGCUCACGUGGAAGCAGUUCCAAGCGGUCAGCCAGGAACAGAUGACGCGACUUCGCGUUUCGGCCGUGUUCCACCGAAGUGUCGAGGAACACUGCACCAAGCUGUACGAGCUGAAGGAGAACGUGCUGCGAAUCGGAGAGAUCGAGGAAACCAACCGGCGGAAGGUGCGACUCCGCAAGUGUCUCGCCAGCCGGGAGCGGCUGCUGGUCGAGGUGGGACGCAUGGUCCGGUUGGGGAGACUGCUGAAAACGAGACUGAAGGAACCGUUCCUGCUGGACGAUCGGGUUGAGACAAUGGCAAGUCCGGAGAACGUGCUGACCGAGUCGGACAAUAUAAUGGCUAGUGAGGCGAUCUCGGCCCGGCUGGCGGAGGUUUCCCGCAUUGCCGAAUCGCUGGACAGCGUCCUGCGGGACGUUCAGGGUGGCUUCGACGACGCUGACGAUGACGAGGUGGCCGGAGUGGUUUCGGGAGGAGCGGACAGGAAGGAUGGUUGUGGAAACCACAGUGAUGACUGGAGCUCCAGCGUCAAGUCCACCGAGGACGAAUCCUUCGUCACGGCGUCGGACUGCACGUGCACACCGGGUGCGUCCCGAUCGUCGUCGUACCACACGGCGUCCGAGUGCCGCGCCUCUCCCUGGUGGGGCGGAGAAUCCGCGACCGAACGCAGCUCGCUCGACGCCGACUCGUCCGAAGACGCCGAUCCGGAGGCACUCCCAUCGAUCAAGCUGCUCUCCGGGGUCGUCAUUACAGCUUCCACGGCGAACCUCUCCUUUGACGAGUCCGAGCACAGCUUCCUCACGCCGACCUCCAACAGUGAGCUGGCCGACUCCGACGCAGACCACCCACCCCGGCUGCCACGACUCCGCUCAGACCAGUCAACCUCCCCCGUCAUCAGUUCGGGCUCCAGCUCCGCGUUGAACUCGAUCAACCGACGCGAGAAUCUAACCCUCGCGUUGACCCCGGAAGAACUCGAACAGAUCGAGAACGACAUCCGGAACAACAACGUGAACCUGCUCGAACUCCCCGCGUCGUCCGCGGACACCAGCACCCCCAUCAAGCACCACAGCUCGCCGACGGCCAGCGAGGACAGCGGCAACGUCGCUUCGGAUCCGUAUCUGCAGCAGGCCCAGGCCGUGCAGUGCGUCGAACGGACGCUGGCCGAGCUGAACGCGCGCCAGUUGGCCGUCGGCAAUGAGUGGGAUCGCUGGAACGCCCAGCACCACACCGAAGCAGUACUGAACGACAUCAUGGCCGCUAACAUGGAGACCCUCGCCGCGGCCUCCAAGCUCGAGGAGCAACUCUACCCGAUCUUCAACACGGCCUCGGACAACCCGACCGACCUGAGUGCGUUCAUCGCGACCAAGCUGAACCAAAUCCAGGCGGACAUCCGGGCGGCCGAACACGAACUCACCAAGCGGUUCGAAACGAUCGACCAGUUGGCCACACCGGAGGGCGAUUCCCCAACGUCGGAUUCCACCGACAAGGUGAUCCAGGUGAAGAACAGCCUCAACUCGAUCAAAACCAAACUGCACACGAUCGCGGCCGACUUCCAGGAGCUGGCCACCGUCAUCGACCGCUUUCUGCACGCCGUCCUCACCUGCCGGGACAACAUCAAGGAGUACUUCGCUAGCAAGCAAACCAUAACCGGACCGGACAGCGUCGAGUCCAUCACCAACAGCUACGAGCAGUUCAAGCAGAACACGAUGGAGUACUUCCGGAACCUGCUCCAGCAGAGCGAGCAGAUCAUCGACCGGAUCAAGGCCCAGGAGCCGCCGGGCGCCAAAGAGCAGGACACGGACAAGAUCAUCACGCUGCUGGAAAACCUCCGGACGUACUUUGAGUCGGAAACCGAGUCGGAGAACUCGGAGCUGCGCAAACAGCACGCCGUCAUUGGGUUCGACAAGGCGUUGAAUGAGGUUCGGGGCGCGAUUCGGGAGAGGCGUGAACAGUUGGAUCGAGCUCGGGGGAAUUACGGGGAGAAUGCGGACGGAGCCCGCGGGACGCUGGCGGCGUUCGAGGAGUUUGAGCGGGGAUUGCAGGAUUUGGAGUCCAGAAUCGAGACGUUUGUGAGUUCCUCGCAGGGGUUGGCCAGCCAAUACCCGGAGACGUCGCAGUACGUGCACGCCGAAGCGACCAAGGUUCGCAACGAGUGGGCCGAUCUGGUCAACAGGACGCAGGAGUACCGUCAGCUGACGACCGUAUCGAUCGAGUACUUUGAGCUGAUCAGUGUGGUGGAGAACAACUACCGCAACUUGAACGCCGAUCUGAUCAACGCAAACAACAAGUUGUCGAUCCUGAACAAUCCGGAUCUAGCGAAUGAUCUUGUUCAGCAGAUCGACAACAUCUUGAAGGUGUACGAAACCCAACAGUUGGAUACGCUGAAGCAGAUCUCUGCGUUGUCCUCGAAGCUGUACGACCACGACAAAUCCGUGGCGCUUUACAACGACAACUUGAAGCUGUUCCAGACGUUCUACAAGAUUAAGAACGACAUCAACGAACGUGCCAAGGAGCUCACCGAGCAGCAGCGAUCUCAAGAAGCGGAACAAAAUGGAUUCUGCGAGAUCACAACGACCACCACAACUACAACGCACAAUGGUCUACCGCAGCAGCAGUCCUUCGACAUCCAGACCGUUGACGAAGCACAGUACAUCCAGGAACCGCAAGAACCUCUCGUCAUACAAACCGUUGAGGAAUCUCAUAACGUGCAGAGCCACGAGGUCGUGACCACCGUUGAGCAGCCACCGGCCACGCUAUCCGUUCCCCAGCCCCUGUCCGACGUCUCCGUCCAGGAAGGUCAACGCGUCCAGCUCCAGUGCGUCAUCUUUGGCCGCCCCGAACCCUCAAUCGAGUGGUUCAAGGACGGUAUCAGCAUCCAGAACAACCCGGACUACAAAACCACCUUCGACAACGGACUCUGCACGCUCACGAUCGACGAAACCGUCACGGCAGACUCCGCCGAGUUCCUCUGCCGAGCGAUCAACGACGCCGGUAUCGCCGAAUCCGCCGCUCGUCUCAUCGUCACAGAGCCAACACCGCCGGGUCAACCCCCGCUCUUCACCCAGCAGCUCAACAACGGAACGGCCACCGAGGGACAUCCCUUCCAGUACCGCUGCACCGUUACAGGUACGCCCACGCCGGAACUGCACUGGUACAAGAACGACACUUGCAUAGACACCUCGCCGGACUACAAGAUCACGCACGACCCGGCCACCGGCGAGGCGGUCCUAAGCUUCGAGCAGGUCUUCCUGGAAGACCAGGCCCGCUACCGGUGCCGGGCGAGCAACGUGUGCGGAUCGGAUGAAACCGGCGCCGAACUGAGCGUCGAACCCCUAGAACCGACGGAAUACCCCAGCUUCCGCGCCCCGCUCUCGAACGUAAUGGCCCGCGUUGGCCAAAAGAUCAAGCUGGAGGCCGAAGUGGCGGGCAUUCCCCCGCCGGAGGUCAUGUGGACCCACGACGGGCAGCACUUUGCCAACCGGGAAGUUAAGUUCUUCUACGAAAACGGCAGAGCGCAAUUGGUCAUAGACGAGGCAUUCCUGAAGGAUGCUGGUGUCUACACGCUGACUGCCAAGAAUAUCGCCGGUGAAAGGUCCUGCUCGUGUAAUGUUGUUGUGAAGGGUCGUCUGCCAAACGAAACGUCCGAUUCCGAAUUAGCUAGCGCCAGCGACAUGGAACCAGUGAAGCCGUCCGUCCAGCUCCAGCUGAAGGACGUCGCAGUGUUUGAGGGCAAGCCAGUGCGUCUGGACUGUGUGAUUGUGGGCCAACCGGAGCCGGAAGUGAUCUGGUACCACGGGGAACGGCCCGUCAAGGAGUCCACCGAUUUUCAGCUGCUGUUCCAAGGCGACCACUGUUCGCUGGUGAUCCGCGAGGCAUUUCUAGAAGAUGCUGGCGAGUAUCGUGUGGUCGCUAUUAAUAGCGCUGGUGAAGCUUCGAGCAAGUGUAAUCUAAUUGUGACACCGCUUAACACCGCGGAACCAGCUGUGCGCCAGCCGGCCGAACGGGUCCUGCCCCCGCUCGGCGCGCCGCCCAAGUUCGAACGACUCCUCAGUGAUAUCCUUGCGGCCGAGGGCGAAAAGUGCCAGUUCGAGUGUGCCGUCAGCGGAGAUCCGCGGCCGAACAUCAAGUGGUACGUGAACAACCGCGAAAUCGAAGAAAACCCGCGUGUGCAUUCGCUGUUCCGCGAGGACGGCGUGGUGAAGCUAGUGAUCGAACAGGUGUUCCCCGACGACAAGGGUGUGUACACGGCCAAAGCCUCCAACCCGUCCGGUGAGGCCAAGUGCUUCUCGAAUCUGAUCGUAAAGUCAAUUAACGCGCCCGAGUUCGAGUCCGUGCCGGCGUUCCUCAGCGAAAGUGUUGUGUGUCCGACCUUUAAGGAACUGUUUGCCGAUCGUACCGUGAAACUCCACGAAUCGACCAAGUUCGAGUGCAUUGUUGUGGGCAAGCCCCAGCCGAAGAUCAGGUGGUUCUUCAACGAUCAACCCGUGCACGGCCAUGAUUUCCUGGUGUCCACCAGUGGCGAUCGCCAAGUGCUCACCAUCCCGGAAGUGCUGCCGGAACUGGCCGGCAAGAUCACCUGUUUCGCCGAAAACGAUGCCGGUCAUGCCCAGUGUGUGGCCUUUGUGUCCCUGGCCGAUGCCUUCGGGGCUCCGAUGAUGCAGCCGCAGCCACUGGUGAGCGCCGAAUCCAUGCUCCAGGUUGACCACUCCGGAUCGUCGUUCGUUACGCUCCAGAAGCAGGUCACCACUUCGUCCUCGUCCUACUCCUCCUCGACGGUCGUCGAGAAUGGAGUGUCCCAGUCCGAGGUUCACUCGCAGUCUGCCCACCUGGACAGCUCGUUCAAGAAAGUUGGUGACCAAGCACCGGAAAUUGCCCAAACCAAACAGUUUGCCCAGUUCCACCAGACCAACGACCUGCCGCCAGCGAUCCAGCAGGAAACCUCGAUCCUAAACAUCGCCAACAACAACACCACCGAGAUGCACGAAACGAUUAUCGCCAACUCGGGCCAAAUCAGCACCGGCAAGCCCGCCAGACGCAGCUCGGCACCGCGCUUCGUGUCGCCGUUCAAUGGCAAGAUCGUCGACCAGGGCGCCGAUGUUGUGCUCGAGGGCAUCCUCGACGGCUACCCGACGCCCGAAGUCUCGAUCACGAAGAACGACGUCGAGCUGCAGCCCGAUGGCGAACGCAUCACCGUUUCCUACUCACUCAACAAGAUCGUAGUCGAGCUGAAGAACGUGUCGACAAACGACGCAGGACGAUACACGGCCACAGCAUCGAACGCCGCCGGUGCCUCAUCAACUACCGCGGAUCUCGUCGUCAAGAAAUCUAUCUUUCCGCCCGUGUUCGGUCGACGUCUGCAGGCUCAGAGCGUCCGCCGUGGUGAUCGCGUGAUCCUAGACGCCGAAGUGUCCGGUACGCCCGAACCCACCAUCGCCUGGUUCAAGGACAACGCACCGGUACAGGAAGCGCUGCUCCCGGGAAGCUACAGCAUGCAACAGGUUGGCCCUUGCCACAAGCUGAUCUUCGAACAGAUCGAUCUGGCCGACGCCGGCAGGUACAUGGUGCUUGCGAAGAACACCGGCGGCGAAGCCCAAAGCAUCGCCGACAUUGCCGUGCUGGACGCGGAACCCCAGCAGCAGCAGCAGCAACCGAAGCAUGUCUCCUUUGUAGAUGUGCCGCAACCGCAGCCAACUCAUUUCGGUGAACAGCAACAGCCAGAUGCUGUUGACCCGCCUGGUGGCUACGCGUCGACCCGCCAGGAGUUCUCGACCGAGUCGAGCCUGCGCGGUCCCACAACCGAAUCGACCAUCGUGACGGAAACGCGCCGAACGACCGAGGCCACCAUGCGCAUGGAACACAAGAUCAGCUUUCCGGACCUUCCGGUUACAUUCUCACAGCGCACACAAACGCCCACGAUCCCGGUGGUGUCGGCGGGAACGACCACCGAAACGACGGACUCACAGUCGGCCGGCACCAAUACAGACCGCGUCGCGACACGCACAGACGCCACACAAACACCAACACCGUUGCAGCAGCAGGCUCAUAAGACGGAAGCAACACAAACUCCUCCACAGGUGGCGCCCAAGCCGGCGGUACCGGAAGAACUCCCAACCGAAACCACGACCACAACCACAAAACGUAGUGCGUUCCACUUUUUCGAAAAAAUCACCUCGAACGGAACCCAGGAGGUUCCGCAGGCGCCACCACCACCACUCUUCCAGCCCAAAUCAUUCAUACCACUCAAACAGCCGGCGGUCGCAAUCGAUCAGACGCACCAGCUGGUAGGUGAAGAGUUGCAAAUUUACCCACAACCACCACAACCGCAGGCCGAACUACUACACCCCCAAGGCAUCACCGUACCCACUCCCCCGAUCUACCACCAAGAUCCCCAUCCGACAAUCCCCGAACAGCACCACCUACGAACCCUCGACACGAACGUCCCCAUCCUUCCGAUCCCCAAAAUUAUCGCCCAAGAUCAGCAGCCGCAGCCAAUCUAUCGGCCACAGGCAACCACACCACACCUCGAGCGAGCACGCAGCUCCUCGCCACGACCAUCGGCGGAAGCCAUCGCAAUGGAGAAACUCUGGACCGCUCCAAAAACAUCCGGCUUCGUCACACUACCACGCACCAAACCAUCAUCUUCUUCUUGUUCCACCUCCGCUCGCAACCAUCCACUAGAGGCUAGUAAACGCUCAACGCCUAAAUCCGAAUUUCAGCCAGUGCAAAACAACUUCUAUACCCAGCAGCAGCAGCAGCAGCAUCAACAACAGCAGCAGAUGUAUUCGUCCUUCUCGUCGUCUCAGCAGUUCCAGUCGUCGCAAAUGUCUCAACAACAGUACUCGCAGUCGAUGCAGUACCAGCCGUAUCAGCCGUACAAGCCAUCUGUUGAGCCAAUCCAUGCUCCCCAACCGAUCCAGGCCCCGAUGCCUGUUUAUGCGCCGCAACCGACCUUUGCUCCACAACCGCAACCGCAGCCAACCUUCGCUCCUCAACCGCAACCAGCCUUCGUUCCUCAACCGCAACCAACCUUCGCCCCUCAACCUAAACCCGUACCGACCUACGCGCCGGCUCCGCAAACGCUUCCCCAGCCAUUCAAGCCAACGCCAGUGGCUCCGGUGGCCAAGUUUGCCCCCGCUCCGGAACCCGUUCCGGUGGUGCACCACUCCCUCGCUUCUGCUCCUUCGAACGUACCGUCCUUUGGACCGUCCUACAACCAAACUCCGCAGCCGUUCAAGCCACUCCCUCCACCUUCGAUCACGCCAAGUCAGGCGAGCUUCACGUCGGGACCGCCGGUGGAUUUCCCACCGGUCCCGCAGACCUUCCUGCCAGCCUAUGUCCCACCUCCUGUUCAGACCUUUACCCCGGCUCCCGCUCCCGUCGAGCCAAUCCCUCAAUUUACUCCAGCUCCCGCUCCGGUUCAAGCGCCGGCUCCGGCUCCAAUGCAGCCACCGACGAACUUCCCGGAACCGCUGUACCAACAGCAGCCUCAGGAGCAAGUCUUUGGGCAGCAGCACAAUGAGUACGUGCACCACCAACAGCUGCAGCAGUACCACCAACAGCAGGUACACAUGGAGGAAGAGGUGUACAAGAAAAAGUCCGUCAAGGAGACCAAGCAGCUGUUCGAGCAGACCAUCCGUCAGCAGAACGAAUCGUUCAACGAUCUGAAGGCUCCGCGCAUGAUCCAGCAGAUGGUCAACUCGCCGACCAAGGUUUGCACUCUGCCGCCCGACUUCGGCUACACCCCGGCCGAGAUUGGUCUCGAGCCGGGCCCGCAGCCAACGAUGGGCUACGCCCCGAAGCCCUCGAACGAACGCAAGAGCUCCUACUAUCGUGAGAAGAUCGAACAGUCGCUGUUCGAGAGCAUGGAUAAAGUGCCGGAACGUGUUCCGGCCGGCGGUGUCAAGAUUAUCCCGCCCAGUCCGCGCAAAAAGUCUAACCCGGGACAGUCGGAUACCGCCGGGAUGCCUCCUGCUUCGUUCGAGCAGCCUUCGGAAGCCAAGGCCACGCAGCCCAUCGCUAACGCUAACGCUGCGACCAAGAGCCCGUUCACGGCCACGGAAAGCGAGUGCGAAAGCGACAUGGACGUGAUGCGGAAGAUGAACGGAGUCAGCGGCUAUCUGGCCGACACGGAGGAGGUCCAGAAGACGGUUUCGUUUAGCAGCGAGCAGAAGAUCGAGAGCUUCUCCAAGUCCGAGAGCAGCGUGAUCGUGCAAAGCUCGGAAGUCGUCCAACAACAGCAGGAGCAACAACAACAGCAAACCGUUGUCGAAUCGUCGUCGAUCGAGUCCAAGGUGGAGACGGUUGAGGACGCUGCCGCGACCGUGACCGAUGCGGGUGUCACUGCCGAGGCUCAACAGCCGCAGCAGCAGCAGCAGUCGGAGGAGCAGGUCGUCACCACCACUACAACCACCGCCGAAGCGGUUACCAAGGAGUCCGUUGAGGAGAUGAACUUCCUGGUUAACAACGAUCUGCCGGAGGAUCUGCAGCCGGUGAAGGUGCUGCCGACAGAGGAGCCACUGCCGACGCUGAAGAAGGUCCCAGUGCCGGCUGCCGUCCAGCCGGAGCCACAGCCAGAACCGGUCGUUUGUGAACCAGUCCCAGAGCCGGCUCCGGUUCAGCAAAAUGGAUUCUCGGCUGAACAGCACGAGAUCGAAGCUGAAAAGACCACGAUCAACCCGGUGUGGCAGCCGACCCAGGCCGGUGUUGCCUACAAGCCGGUUCACCCGGUAUUCAACCCACCGCAGCAGCACGAAACUGGACCCACCGUCGCACCGCCAUCAGUAUUUGAUCCGAUCGAAAAGCUUCCGCAACCGACGGCAGUCAGCGAGAUGGCCAGACCGCAACCGAUCAGCUACUCCACGCAGCAGACUUCGUCGUCGCAGUCCUUCCAACAGCAGAAGAGUUCGUCCUUCCAGUCCUACCAGCAGCAGACCUUCGUCCAGCAACAGCAGCAACAGGAGCAGCAACACGUGUCGUUCCCACCGGUGGAACCUGCGGGACAACCUGCUCUGUACUACACCUCGGUCACCGCCCAACCGGUUCAUAACACGAUCGCGACCGAGACCUCCAACACGCUGCACAUGAAGGAGACGACCGAGAGCAGCAACCGGGUCGUCAACAUGCAGCAAACCCAGCAGGUCAUCAGUCUGGGCCAUCAGCCACGUCCGGCUUUCGUGCAGAAACAGGGUCGCGACAGCGAUUACGACUCGGAUGGAUCUCGAAUCCGCCCGAUGUGGACCCCAAAUCCGUCCGACAGCGAUGAGCCACACUUCCGCAGUGUCCGGCCAAACUUUGCGUCCCGCUCGACCAGCCUUCCGCGCACCUACGAACGCAUCCAAACUCCGAUGGAAUUCGACACCGGCCCAGUGCUGAUGCCGACCAAGAUCGACGUGUCCGGAGUCACGCAACAACAACAGCAGCAGCAGCAAGAGCAAACCACCGAAACAGUCGAAGUCCUGCAAACGCAAACGCUCGAUCGCAAGUUCACCACGAAGCAGAUGGCCACCCAGCACAUGUCCACGUCGCGGGACGACAUGGCCAUCAAGGCGCACAAGGUGGCCCCCAUCAACUUCGUCCAGAAGGCCCAGAACCAGGCCGAAAGCAUGUCCCAGUCGUUCAAGACCAAGGCGUACCACUUUACCAACGAGGUGAUGACCGACAUGCGCAAGACCCCGAUCAAGCCAAUCCUGAAGAACGCCUUCGGCCACCAGCAGGCCCCGGUCACGCACGUCCUGCAGCCGGUUCCGCAAACGCAAGCCCCGCCCGCCACCAACGGAACGUCGACGCCACAAGCGUACCGCGAGGAAUCUCGGGUGUCCCAGUACGAACCAAGCAAGGAGACGUCCUACCAAAGCUACAAGGAGCUGCGGCCCAGGGUGAACAAUCCGGAGUGGCAGGACCACAACGGAUUCCAGGAGCAGAAAGAGGCGCGGGAAACGGUCCACGAGGAGCACUACCGGCGUACCUUCGAGACCACGUACCGGUCGAUCUGCCUGAUCCAGACGUCGUCGUCUUCGUCGAAGACGAUGGAAGUGCAACAACAGCAUGGCGCCAUCAUUCAGCAGCAGACACCGGCGAUGAUUACGUCGGCCCCACAGACACCGUCCGCGCAGCUGUACCAGCAGCAGCAAGCACCGAGCUAUCUGGUCCAGUCGCCGGGCAUUCCGGCCGAUGCUUCGCCACCGGUGUUUGAGCAGAUCUUCAAGAACUCCCGCUUCGCUCAGGGUGGCAAUGCUCUGUUUGAGGGUAAACUCAAGGGUAACCCGAAGCCUGAGGUUUCCUGGACUCGGAAAGGCGCACCACUUCUCGAGUCCGCGAAGCACAAACUCAGCUACAACCCUAGCUCCGGCCUCGUGUCGUUGCUGAUCAACCAGAUUGGCCCGGGCGAUGAGGGAGAGUACACCUGCAAAGCGAGAAACGCCGUCGGUGAAGCGAUCUGCUCGGUCUUUAUCCAGCCGGAAGGUAUGCCUGCGCCGCAGUUCCAACAGGUCAAGCGCGAACAGCAGCAGCAGGUGAUCCAGCAGAAGCAGACCACCACCCAGCAGCAGUUCAGCAAUGGCUUCACACACAUGGAGGAAGAAUUCAAGGUCGAUACCUUCGAGUAUCGGCUGCUGCGGGAAGUCUCGUUCCGCGAAUCGAUUACUCGCCGCUACGGCGGAGAAACUGACGCUCAACUUAUCACCACUCUGGACCGUGCUCUUGGCCCACCAGCGGCGCCGCAAAUCAGUCAGAAACCAAGAAACUCGAAGCUAGUCGAAGGCUCAGAUGCUGUUUUCAGCACCAGAGUUAGCGCCAACCCGCGGCCAAGGCUGAGCUGGUUCAAGGACGGCCAACGUAUCAUCCCGUCCAUGGACAAACACGACAUCAGCUACUCGAACCAACAGGCCACACUUCGCAUCAUCAAUGCCAACGCAAAGGACUCUGGCCACUACACUCUGCUGGCCGAGAACCCACAAGGAUGCCAGGUUUCGUCGGCCAUCCUUGCCAUCGAAGCGGCUCAUGAACAAGCCAACGUGGAAAGAUCAACUCAAGAGUUCAUCGAAUCUACCGAAACUACCAAAGCUUUGACUCCGGCAUUCGUCACCUUGAUUCAGGACCAGGAAACUACCGAGGGAAAAAUGGCUCGCUUUGACUGCCGUGUCACCGGUCGUCCGUACCCGGAAGUCGCCUGGUACAUCAACGGCAAACUUGUCACCGAUGAUGCCACGCACAAGAUUCUGGUCAACGAAUCCGGUAACCACUCGCUGAUGAUUACCAGCACCAACCGCUUAGAUCACGGCAUCGUAACCUGCGUUGCUCGUAACAAGAGCGGAGAAAUUGCUGCCCAAGCCAAACUAGUCGUUUGCGAACGCGAACAGGUCGUUGCACCCAAGUUCAUCGAACGCUUCACCACUGUCAACGUGAAGGAGGGUGAGCCAGUGCGUCUGUUUGCACGUGCCAUCGGUACUCCGAUUCCGCGCAUCACCUGGCAGAAGGACGGUGUCCCGCUGCAGGCUGGUCCGGACGUGCAAAUCCUGUGGGACGACACUGGCUCCACCACCGUUGAUAUCCCACGAGCUAAGACGUCGGACGCCGCUUGGUAUCAGUGUACCGCGCAGAACGUUGCCGGUACCACCGCUACCCGGGCUCGUCUCUUCGUCGAAACUCCGAAGGGACCAGCUCCGGAACAGCGUCGCCUCAAUCUACCGCGUCCGUCAAAGGUUAUUCAACCAGAACCCGCUCCGGAACCGGAGGUCAUCUACCUGCGCCACGUUGAACGUGCCGCUCCGCAUAUGCCACCGAAGGAGGAGGACCGCGUGUAUCCGCCGCCCAAGUUCACCAUCCCGUUGAACGAUGUUGCCCAGGUCGAGGGCGGUAAGGUCCACUUCGAGGCCCGCAUCGAACCGGUCUCCGAUCCGACGAUGCACGUCCAGUGGUUCCUGAACGGAAACUUGAUUCAAGCAAGUUCCCGCGCCAACACCACGUUCCAGUUCGGCUUUGUCGCACUGGACUUGCUCAGCAUCGUGCUGGAGGACAGCGGCGAGUACACGUGCCGCGUGUCCAGCUCCACCGGAGUUGCCGAAUCGCGUGCUAUGCUCAGCGUGCAGCCCAAGCCGCCAAUCGAACAGCAGACUCAGCAUCCGUCCACGCUGGAGCACAUCCAGAACCUCGAGGACUACUCCAAGUACGCCCGCACCGAGAGUAUCGAAGAGGUGGUCAACCAGAAGCCGGCGUUCAACCGCCCAUUGCAAGAUCUGGGACAGCUGGAGGAAGGACGAAACGCUCAUUUUGAGGCUCAGAUUACCCCAGUGAGCGAUCCAACAAUGAGAGUGGAGUGGUACAAGGACGGUCGCCCGAUCACGGCCAGCUCCCGGAUUACCGCGAUCUUCAAUUUCGGCUAUGUUUCUCUGAACAUCAUGCAUCUAAGAUCGGAAGAUUCCGGUACAUACACCGUGCGUGCCGUGAAUCGCAUCGGCGAAGCGAUCAGCACUUCCACGAUUGCGGUCAUUAGCAAGGCUCCUGUUACUGGAGAUUUGGGCAUCGCUGAGCAGCAGAACUACAUUCAACAGGUUCAGCAGUUGGAGCAAUACCAAAAGUAUCAGAACCAGAAAUUCUACGAAGAAACUCCGGAGAGCACUCAGCGCCCCGAGUUCAAGACCCCAAUUGCUGACCAGCUGAACGUCCGCGAAGGUGGAUUUGCCCACUUCGAGGGUCGUUUAGAACCAGUCAGCGAUGCAACCUUGCGUGUAGAAUGGUUGAAGGACGGUCAUCCGAUCGAAGCUAGCUCGCGUAUUACAACCUUCUGCAACUUUGGAUACGUUGCUCUAACCAUCAAGCAGGUCACCGUCCACGAUGUCGGUCACUACACUUGCCGUGCCUACAACUCGCUUGGAGAGGCUCACAUCACUGGCAAGCUGACGGUGGUGUCCCGCCAGGACAUCAUCGUUGACUCCCAGACUAGCCACAUGGGCAUGGAGAAGAUUCAGUACUUGGAAGACUCUUCAAGAUACUCGCGUACUACUCAGGAGGAACAGCAGGUUGUUUCGACGCAGCCACGUUUCCUGGGACCGUUGAAGGCAACCAACAAGAUCGUCGAAGGACAGCGUGCUCACUUUGAGGCUCGCCUGGAACCGCAAUCCGAUUUGACCAUGCGCGUCGAGUGGUACCACAAUGGACGCCCAGUGAUGACUGCCAAUCGCAUUCAAACCUAUCACGACUUCGGAUACGUCGCCAUGGAUAUCCUUGAUGUCCGCGGCGAGGAUUCUGGCACUUACACGCUGGUUGCCGCCAACGCUGCUGGACAGGCCCAGGUCGACGCACAGAUGAUUGUAGAAACUCGUUCUGCCAUCGAUACCACCAGCAUGCAUCACGUUGUGGAACGUACCCAGCAGAAGCAGGAAACUCAGUUCGUUGAACCGCAGUACCAGAUCGAAGAGUUGUGCAAGUCCAAGCCAAUCUUUACGCAGCUGCUGUCGGAUCCGCAACCCGUCGGCGAAGGUCGCAACAUCCAUCUGGAGUGCAAACUGGAACCGCUGGGAGAUCCCACGAUGCGCGUUGAGUGGUUCCAAAAUGGACGUCCGAUUACCGUCGGUUCUCGCUUCAAGACGUACUACGACUUUGGCUUUGUUGCCCUGGACAUUCUGCACUGCACCGCCAUCGACUCCGGCGAGUACACCGUUCGUGCGACCAACCAGCUGGGAACAUCACAUACUUCGGCUUGCGUGCGUGUUAUUACCCGCUCGGACAUCAUUACCGAGGCCCAGAGCGAUAUGUCUCACGAGCAGCUGCAAUAUCUGGAAGACGCUUCUCGUAUGCGUCGUGAUGUGCUCGAAGAUAUCACCGUCAUGUCACCGCCGCAGUUCAACCGUCCACUGCACAACAUUGAGACGUACGAGGGAACCAACAUUCACUUGGAGUGCCGCCUGCAGCCCGUUGGAGAUCCGUCGAUGCGAGUCGACUGGUUUGUCAACGGAGUUCCGGUCAAGAUUGGUCAUCGCUUCCGCCCGGCGUACGAGUUCGACUACGUUGCUCUCGAUCUGCUCGGUGUGUAUGCUACUGAUUCCGGAGUGUACACUUGUCAGGCCCGUAACUCUCUGGGUGAAGCUGUAACGUCUUGUUCGGUUCGUAUCGUUGCCAAGAAGGACCUGAUCAUGGAGACUCAGUACCCAGCGGGUCUCGAGAAGAUGCAGUUCCUCGAAGAUAUUUCGCGCUACCGCAAGACCGAGUUUGUUGAUGAGAUUGUCAACGUGAAGCCACGAUUCGUAACGCGCCCGAAGAACAUUGAUCGCGCCCAAGAAGGAGGUCACGCUCACUUUGAAUGCAAGCUGGAACCGGUCACCGAUCCUAACUUGAAGGUUGAGUGGUACAAGAACGGUCAUCCAAUUACCAUUGGUCACCGUUUCCGUCCGAUUCAUGACUUUGGAUACGUCGCUCUGGAUAUCAUCGACUUGAUUGCUGAGGACUCUGGAACUUACAUGUGCCGCGCAGUUAAUUUGGUUGGCGUUGACGAAAUCGCCGUCCAAUUGAUCUGCCGUGGAUCUCAGCAGAUCCUGACCUGCUCUCAGAACGAGAUGGGUCUGGAACAGAUCCAGUAUCUGGAAGAAAAAUCCAGACAAACGCGUUCCGACUUCGGAGAUGAUAUGCCUUCUCAGGCCCCAACCUUUACUACUUCUCUGAAGCACAUUGAAAUCAAGGAAGGCCAGCGUGCUCACUUUGAGUGUCGCCUGAUUCCGGUUUCGGACUCAACGCUGCGUGUCGAGUGGUAUCACAAUGAUGCUCCGGUUAAGGCUGGAUCUCGUUUCACCGAAACCAACAACUUUGGAUUCGUCGCUCUGGAUAUCAUGGGUUGCUUGGCCGAGGAUUCCGGUACUUACACUUGCCGCGCCGUUAACGCACUGGGUGAGGCUGUCACUUCGGCAACUUGCGUUGUGCACACUCGCAAGAGCAUCUACUCGGAGUCUCAACACGAACAUGCUUUGACCAGCUUGCGUUAUCUGGAGGACAACUCGCGCUACCAGCGUGAGACCGAAGUUGAUGAAGUCGUUACCCAGGCUCCAGUGUUCACACUGCCGGUGAAGGACGUCAAGGUCGCUGAGAAUCAAGCCGUGCACUUCGAGGCUCGUCUUGUGCCAGUAGGUGAUCCGAAGAUGCGUGUCGAAUGGUUGAGAAACGGAGUUGCCAUUGAGGCGUCCAACCGUGUCACCACCAUGCAUGAUUUCGGUUAUGUUGCCCUAAACAUGAAGUACGUCAACCCAGAAGAUUCCGGAACCUACACGUGCCGCGCUACCAACGACCUUGGACAAGCUGUUACCUCAGCCAAGCUGAUGGUCCAGUCCAAGGCCGCUCUUGACCUGGAAACCCAAAACGAAAACGCUAUGGAGAAGAUCCACCAGCUUGAAGACUCGGUUCGUUUCGCUCGCAGAGAAGAGGAAGAGUUUGUUGUCACUCAGAAGCCCAAGUUCACCACGAAGCUACAUGGCCCAACCAACUUGGUUGAACAGCAGAGCGCCCACUACGAGUGUCGUAUUGAACCGUACCCAGAUCCGAACUUGAAGGUCGAAUGGUAUCACAAUGGACAACCGCUGACCACUGGUCAUCGCUUCCGAACUACCUAUGAUUUCGGAUUCGCUGCUUUGGAUGUGCUGACCGUCUACGCUGAAGAUUCCGGAGAAUACACGUGCCGUGCUACCAAUCAACUGGGAUCUGAAACGUCGUCAAUCUCGUUGAACGUUCAGUCCAAGUCUGGUAUUGUGCGCGAGACUCAGCAUGAAGGAGCUCUGGAGAAGAUCCAGUACCUAGAGUGCGAUGCACGCUACGGACGCAAGGGUGACGAUGAACACUUUGUUGCCGAAAAGCCAGCGUUCGGUCGUCCAUUGAAGAAUGCCGCCGUCACCGAAGGUCUGCCGGUACAUUUGGAAGCCACGCUCACUCCGGUCAACGAUCCGACCAUGAAGGUCGAAUGGUACUGCAACGGACGUCCGAUUCAACAGGGACACCGUUUCAAGACCACGUACGAUUUUGGUUUCGUAGCUCUCGACAUUCUGUACGCACACGCUGAAGACACAGGUACCUACAUGUGUAAGGCGAAGAAUGCGGUUGGGGAGGCUGUCACGACAUGCGCUGUUAAAGUCACAGCAAAUGCUGGAUUAUAUUUGGAGACUUUGGAUGAACAGCGGUUGCAGAAGAUUAAGGAACUGGAGAGCUACCAGAAACCACAAACGCCGGAGGUUGAGCCAGCCAAGCAGAAGCCGGUAUUCCUCACGCCACUAACGAAUCUGGAGAACCUGAAGGAAGGUGACUACGCACAUCUGGAAUGCCGCGUCGAGCCGAUCAACGAUCCGAAUCUGAAGAUUGAGUGGUUCAUCAACGGAAAAGCCAUCCGUGCGGGACAUCGUUUCCGCACGACUCACGACUUUGGCUACGUUGCUCUGGAUAUUCUGUACGUGUACGGUGAAGAUAGCGGCACUUACAUGUGCAAGGCCACAAACAUGGUUGGCGAAGCUGUCAGCACGUGUAACAUUCGUGUGGUCAACAAGCGUAGCAUCAUUUUCGACUCGCAGCAUCCUGAUGGAUUGGAGAAGAUUCAAAAACUGGAAGCUCAAGUGCGUCCGUCGCGACUGGAACUCCAAGAACCGGAUGUCAUUGCUCCACGCUUUGUAACUGAGCUCCGUGGUACUACUGAAGUCCAGGAAGGCCAGACGGCUCACUUUGAAGCCCAGGUGGAACCGAUUCACGAUCCGAAUCUGCGCAUUGAGUUCUACCACAAUGGAAAGCCGCUGCAAUCAGCCUCGCGUUUCCAUAUCACUUUCGAUUUCGGAUACGUGGCCCUCGAUAUCCAGCACUGUGUUGCUGAAGAUGCUGGCGAGUACUCUGUGAAGGCCAUCAACGCUAAGGGUCAAUGCAAGUCUUCCAUUAACAUGAAGGUUACCGCUAAGGGAUCGAUCAUUUCCGAAACUCAACACCCAGAAGGAUUGGACAAGAUUAAACAGCUGGAAGGAGCCGCUCCGUUCAAGCGGCCAGAAAUUCAAGAUGCCGUUACGAAGCAGCGUCCCGUGUUUACUCAGCCACUGCAGAACCUUGACUUUGUUGCUGAAGGUCAGACCGCUCACUUCGAGUGCCGCCUGAUCCCUGUUGGUGAUCCAAAUCUGAGAGUUGAAUGGUUCAGAAACGAAAAGCCGCUGGAGGAUAGCUCUCGUAUUUCCAAGCAGCACGACUUUGGAUAUGUUUCGAUGGAUCUGUCUCACGUUCGUGAGGAAGAUGAAGGAGUCUACAUGUGCCGUGCCAUCAAUCCACUUGGCGAGGCUGUCACCACUGCUUCGAUGAGAAUUCGCACAAAGGCCAGCAUUCAGAUGGACUCGCAGCACCCCGAGGGUAUGAAGAAGAUCAUUCAGCUGGAACAGCCGCAUGCUCCACGGCCAGAGGAACAGGAAGCUGGAUUCGAAAAGCCAAUCUUUACUCAACUGCUGACUGGACCAUCGGAACUUUGGGAAGGCCAGCAUGCUCAUUUCGAGGCUCGUGUUGUCCCAGUUGGUGAUGCCAGCAUGAAGUACGAAUGGUAUGUGAACGGCGUUGAGCUCAAGUUGGGAUCACGAUUCCAUACUACGCACGACUUUGGAUUCGUUACUUUGGAUAUCAACUCGGCUGUUGCUGAAGAUUCUGGCGUUUACAUGUGCAAGGCUAUCAACAAGGCUGGAGAAGCUGUUUCGUCCACGAUGAUGAAGGUCAAGUCGAAGUCUUCGAUCGCUGGAGAGCCACUGCUGCCCGAAGCCUGGGAGAAGAUUCAGCUCAAGGAAGCCGCGAUGAACCGAGUACCAGAUAUGUUCGUCGAUACCACUCCACAGCAGGCUCCAGUUUUCACUACUCAUCUGGAAAGUCACGAUAAACUGCAGGAAAAUCAGCACGUCUAUCUGGAAGCCCAAGUCGAGCCUCGUGCCGAUCCUAACCUCAGAAUUGAAUGGUUCAAGAACGGUAUGGCCAUCACUACUGGUGCCAGAAUCCGCAGCACUUUCGAUUUCGGACUCGUCACUCUUUCUAUCAACGGACUCCGCGCUGAUGACUCUGCUAUCUACACAUGCAAAGCUACCAACAACCUUGGUGAAGCUGUAUCGACUGCUACUCUUAAGAUUGAAGGCAGCCACUGGCUGUUGGGAGACACUCUGCACCCGGCUUCCGUACAGAAGAUUUCCGAUCUGGAAGCUCCGCGUGCAGGACGAGGUGACGCACCUGAGCCGCAGUACGAGUCACCGGUGUUUGUAACUCACUUGAACAACGUGGAAUGCAAGGAGAACGAGAAUGUACACUUCGAAUGCAACGUUGAACCGUCCAAGGAUCCGACCAUGCAAAUUGAGUGGUUCGUCAAUGGCAAGCCACUGCCUACUGGAGCCCGAUUCAAGACAACGUACGACUUUGGAUUCGUUUCGCUGGACAUCAGCGGAGCUUAUGCUGAGGAUUCUGGUAUUUACACAUGCAAGGCUACGAACAACAAGGGAUCAGCUUCGACUUCUGGAUCGCUGAGAUGCACUAGCACCACUUCUAUGUACUUGGACACUCAGCAUCCGCAGGGUAAGGCUGGUCUCGAGGCGGUUCAAGAUACUGAAGCCGCUUUGGCGAACCGUUACAAGCGCCAGGAUUCCAAGCCGGAAGCCGCCUACCCGAAACCAACAUGGACCGUCGAGUUGCAGUCAGAGUUCCGCCUCAACGAGGCUGAAUCUCUGCACUUGGAAGGACAAGUUGAACCCAAAAACGAUCCUAACCUCAAGAUUGAGUGGUACUUUAAUGGUAAAGUUUUGGAGCACGGAUCGCGCUUCAAGAUGACCAGUGACUUUGGAUUUGUUACACUGGAUCUGACCGAGGUUUACGAACGCGACCAGGGUAUCUACACGUGCAAAGCAUACAACUAUUCCGGCGAGGCAUUCACAUCGUCCACGAUCUACUGCGUCACGAAGGAAAGCUUGAUCGAACGUACUCAGCAUCCGAAGGGAACCGAAGGCUUGGAGAAGAUUCAGGAUCUGGAAGAAUCGCUGCGCAGACAGGAGGCUGGACAAGCCGAUUCCGAUGCUGGACAUGCGCCGAAAUUCACCUCCGAAUUUGUUGCCGUUACCAACGUUGAGGGAGAGAUCGCUCACUUCGAUGCUACCCUCAUCCCGACUGGAGAUCAGUCGAUGGUGAUUGAAUGGUUCUACAACGGUAAGCAGCUGGAGGCUAGUCACCGCGUGCGUACAGUCUAUGCCUUCGGAAUGGUUGUGCUUGAGAUUUUGGGCACCAAGAUUGAAGAUUCCGGAAACUACACUUGCAAGGCCACCAACAAAUGGGGAAGUGCCGAAAUCAGCGUUCAGCUUGAGUGUGUGGACAAGUCCGCUGGUCAAAAGCCUCGUUUCACUACCCAGAUUCAGAACCUGGAGGGCUUGAAGGACGGACAGUCGGCUCACUUUGAGUGCACUCUGGUCCCAGUCAACGAUCCAGAGCUUAAAGUCGAAUGGUUCCACAAUGGCAAGCCUCUGCGUCACUCAAACCGCAUCAAGCCAGUUUCCGACUUUGGAUAUGUGCUGCUGGAUAUUGCCUACGUUCAGAGCCACGACUCGGGCGAGUAUGUUUGCCGUGCAUCGAACAAGUAUGGAGAGGACAGUACUCGUGCUACGCUGAAGUGCACUGGCAAGGGAGGAGUUUACUUAGAGUCGCUGCAACCCGAUUCAUUGGCCAGAAUUCGUGAGCUCGAGAGCCAAGCUGGCAUGAAGCCAACUGCCGCUGGAUCUCCAGUCGGAGAAGCACCACGUUUCAUCACCAAGAUUGCCGAUGUUACGAAGCUGGUCGAAGGACAGAGCGCUCACUUUGAGGCUAGACUUACUCCAGUGACCGAUCCCGAUUUGGUUGUUGAAUGGUACUGGAAUGGACAGAAGCUGCCGCAUGGACAUCGUUACCGCACGUUCCACGACUUUGGCAUUGUUAUCCUGGAUAUUUUGUACUGCUACGAGGAGAACUCUGGAGAAUUUGAGUGCCGUGCUACGAACAAGUAUGGCUCGGACAGUACCAAGGCUACGCUGAAGUGCGUGUCGAAGGCCAAUCUGAUUCUGGAUUCGCAGCUGCCACGUGGAAUGGAAGGAGGCUUGGAGAAGAUUCAGACUCUGGAAGACUCGCUGGUUCGUACUCGCGAUGAACGUGAACGUACCGAAGGAGGACGUGCUCCAGUGUUCACCGUUCCAUUGUCGAACAUUGACAGCCUUCGUGAAGGUGAGAGCGCUCACUUUGAGGGCAAACUUACGCCGACUGACGAUCCUAAGCUCAAGGUUGAAUGGUUCUGGAAUGGCAAGCCACUCAAGACCGGAUCUCGUUUCCGUACGUUCUGCGACUUUGGAUUUGUUAUUCUGGAAAUUUCGCCUGUGUAUCCGGAAGACUCCGGUGAGUACUCGUGCCGUGCUACCAACGAGUAUGGAGAAGCUGUUACAUCGUCUACGAUGAAGGUACAGGGCAAACGUAGCAUCAUCAUGGAGUCGCAGCUGCCGAAGGGAAUGGAAGGCACUAUUGGAAGAAUUGCUGAGCUUGAGGGUCUUGGAAUGCCACAUGGAGGCAUUUCUCCUGAUGAUGAUACCGGCAAGCCGCCAGAGUUCAUCACUACUCCGUCGGAUCUCACGCUUACUGAGAACUCGUUGGCUCACUUCGAGUGCCGUCUGACUCCCAUCAACGACCCAAGCAUGCGCGUGGAAUGGUACCACAAUGGCAAGGCCUUGUGGGCCGGAUCUCGUAUCAAGACUAUCAACGACUUUGGAUUUGUUAUUCUGGAGAUUGCCGGAUGCUAUCAGCGUGAUUCUGGAUUGUACACGUGCAAGGCUACCAACAGCCACGGUGAGGCCACUGUGUCGUGCAAGUUGACUGUUCGCGGUCGCCAGGGUAUCAUCAUGGAGCCCCAGCUUCCAUCGAACUUCCGCAGUGGUACGGAGAGCAUCCAAAAACUGGAGGAGCAGCUGCACAAGCGCGAUGAGAUGAUGGCCGAUGAAGAAGAGGGACGCCCACCGAAGUUCACUGUCGAGAUCAAGGACAACGAAAACAUCGCUGAAGGUGGCCCAGUUCACUUCGACUGCCGCGUUGAACCAGUUGGAGACUCAUCUAUGAGAAUCGACUGGUACCACAACGGCAAGCCGUUCGCUACUGGCUCGCGUGUGCACAUGCUCAACGACUUUGGCUUCAUUGCGAUGGAUAUGGAUUACGCUUACGUUCGUGAUUCGGGAGUGUACGAGUGUCGUGCUACGAACAGAUGGGGAACUGCCUCGACGACUGCCAAGGUCACCGUUGUGUCCCGUGGUGGUAUUGUGCUGGAUUCUCAGUUGCCAGAGGGUAUGACCGCUUCCAAGCUGAAGGAGUUGGAACGUGGAAAGGUUACCCUGCAUACCCAGGAGGAGCGUACUUUCGGACCACCGAAGUUCGUCUCCCAGAUCCAGUCGACCACCAUCGAUGAAGGUGAGACCGUGCGUUUCGAGUGCCGUGUUGAGCCCAAGGAAGAUCCCAAGCUACGCGUUGAAUGGUUCCGUAACGGUAAGCCACUGCCAAGUGGACAUCGCUACAGAACCAUCUACGAUAUGGGCUUCGUUUCGUUGGAUAUCCUGUCUGUGUACAUCGAGGAUGCCGGUGACUACGUUUGCCGUGCUUACAACGAGCAUGGUGAAGACGUCACCAAGGCGCACGUGAGCUGCAAGAAGCUGCCGUCGAUUGUACUGCAGAACCAGAUUCCGAAGGGAAUGCAGAAGUCCGAGACGUUGAUGCAGAUGGAAGCCACGAUCAAGAAGUACACCGAGGAGAUAUUCCUCACCGAGGACGACCUGUUCGAUCCGGACCGCAAGCAGCCACCGCGCUUCGUCACCCAGAUCAAGGACCAGACCAGUCUUACCGAGAUGCAGGCCACCAAGUUCGAGUGCCAGCUGGCUCCGGUCGGCGAUCCGAACAUGAAGGUGGAGUGGUUCUACAAUGGCAAACCACUGCCGUACAAGAACCGCUUCACGCCGAUCUACGACUUUGGCUACGUUGCGAUGAACUUUGGCUGGAUCUACCCGGAGGACAGCGGCGAGUAUCUGUGCCGUGCCACCAAUCUGUACGGAAUGGACGAGACGCGUGCCACCAUCAAGACCACCGGCAAGCCGGGCAUCAUCUACGACUCCCAGCUGCCGAAGGGCAUGAAGAGUAUCCAGAAGAUUCGCGAGAUGGAAGCGCUGUGGAACUUGAAUAUUCCAGAGGUUGUCGACGAGAGCCAGAAGCCCAAGAAGGAACCUGCCUUUGUCAGCAAGCCCGAAUCCAUCGAGGUCGAGGAAGGUGAAUGGGCUCGGUUCUGCUGCCGUGUUACCGGUCAUCCGAAGCCGAGAGUUAUGUGGCUCGUCAAUGGACACACUGUUGUCAAUGGUCAACGCUAUAAGCUCACGUACGACGGUAUGUACCACUUCGAUAUUCCGAAGACUCGGCAGUACGAUACGGGCAAGAUCGAGGUCAUCGCUCGCAGCUCUGUUGGUGAGGCCGUGGCCAGGUGUGAGCUGACGAUCACUCCACGUAAAGACGAUUACCGUGGAGUGUUGAAGAACUCUCCAAGACCCUGGUACGAUUACGACCUGGUCUCCUACCAGAAGGGUCGCGUCGACACCGACCUGGAGACCACCCUGCAGGAGGAAACCAAGAAGAAGCGCAAGGGUAUCAAGGCUCAGCACCUGAAGGUCAAGGAGAAGACCGAGAGCGAAACCGAGUGGCAGAAGUCGGUCAAGAAGAAGAAGAACGACGACUACUAUAACAAGCUCGCCAAGGUUGAGAACGAACAGCUGGUGAAGGAGCAGCGGCUCCGCGAGGACAAGCACCAGUUCGCGAUCCCUGGCGAGAAGGUUGUGGGCCAGUCGUUGGCCAAGGGAAUGGCGUCCGCCUAUGAGGAGACAAUAGAUGAAUCCAAGGAGACCGAAUCGACUACGGUGGAAAAGAAGCGUGUUAUUCCGGAUCCGCUGGAGACGUCGGUUCAGGGUAAGGAAGUGCACGUAUCGCAGCAAAAGCAAACCCAGAAGGAAGUCCAUGACGAUAAGGAGAUCAUCCGCAAGAUAACGGCUACGGAAACUACGGAGGUAGAACACAAGGGAACGACCCAGGAGCGCAUUGUUGAGGGUCCGGUGAAGCCGGCUACUCCGCCAGUGUUCACCAAGAAGAUUCAGCCGUGCCGUGUGUUUGAGAACGAGCAGGCCCGCUUCGAGGUCGAGUUCGAUGGAGAUCCAAUGCCAACGGUCAAUUGGUUCCGCGAGAACUUCCAGAUCAACAACUCAUCGGACUUCCAGAUCCAUACGUUCGGAACCAAGUCGGUGCUGAUCAUGCGCCAGGUGUUUAUGGAAGAUUCGGCUGUUUUUGCGGUUAUCGCGGAGAACCGUGGAGGUACUGCCAAGUGCAGUGCUAACUUGGUCGUUGAGCAACGUCGUCAGCAGGGUCGUGGUGGAGUUAUUCCGCCGAGCUUUGUCAACACGAUUUCGGAUACCAGCGUGACCGCCGGUCAGCUUGCCCGCUUCGAUGCGAAGAUCUCCGGAACGAAACCGCUUGAUGUGUACUGGUUGAAGAACGGACAGAAGAUUACGCCAAACAUUAAGUACAAGAUUCUGGAGGAGGACAACAACUACACGCUGUUGAUCAUUGAGGCGUACGCCGAAGACAACGGAAAGUACGAAUGUGUUGCCAUCAACGGAGCUGGAGAAGCCCGCUGCGAUGCCGUUUGCAACGUGGACACACCGCACACGCCAAUCAUUGAGAAGCCCGCUACCCCUGGUACGGAGCGUCCUCCGAGUCUAGUGGAACCUCUGAAGGAAAAGACCGUUCCCGAGGGUCAAUCGGUCGAGUUCCGCACACGAGUGACUGGCAAGCCAAGCCCGACCGCGCAGUGGUUCAAGGGUGACAAGCAGAUCAAGCCCUCCAAGUACUUCCAGAUGGCCAAGGACCGGGACUACUUUACGCUGAUCAUUACGGAGGCGUUCCCCGAGGACGAGGGCGAAUAUCUGUGCAUUGCGUCGAACGCGGGCGGUGAAGUGCACACCACGGCCAGCCUCAAAGUGGUCACACCCGGAAUGCAGGACGCCGCACCGAAGCUGACCGAGAUGAAGGACUGCGUGGUGGACGAGGGCGCUCCGGCCCAGUUCAAGACGCAGAUCGUCGGCAAGCCGUCCAAGGUGACGGUGCAGUGGCUGCGCGAGGGACUGCUGAUUCCGGAGUCACCCGAUUUUCAGAUGAUCACUGAGGGCAACAACGCCGUGCUGCUGAUCGGCACCACCUACGAAGAGGAUUCCGGCCUGUUCACCUGCCGGGUGACAACGUCGGCCGGCCAGGUCGAAACGUCCGCCAAACUGAUAGUCAAAAGUAAGAAUGCCCAGUAAAUAAUAACAAAACUGUCCCUCAUCCGUUGAUUUUCCGUUUCCUCUUUGUAUUUGUAUACUCAACUCUUUUUUUUUUUAAUUGUCAAUUUGAUCUUCUCUUGAUUUAUAUACUUUUUCUGUUCAAGACUUUUCAAACCACACUUAAGUUGUUGUUGAAAAUUAAUUUCGGUUUUUCGUUUUACCAAACCUAACCCCCCACCCCCACAACCACCCCUCAAUGUCGGUUUUUGUAGACACUAGCGAUGUGUAAAACCGCGCGCAAUACAAAUUCUUGUUGGAAAGAGACAAACAGAUUUCACAUCACUCCGUGUGCCCACAGUGAGAGUGAGAAACCAAGCAAGCCCCCAGAAGAAGGAACAUUGACACACUUGAGAGAGAGAAAGAAACGGAUUUCGGCAUUAUUACACUAAACUAGAGAAAAAUAUUUAGAUUAUAACAAAAUAAAAGGAAAUUAAUUGCAGUGCAUAAGAGCUUUAAUGACAAGUUGUGCAAAAAAAUCAAAUUAAAAAGCAAGCAAUUAGUCAAGUUCAAGUCGAAAAUGCUGUAGUUGUAGUUAGUGCCAAAAGCGCGGCGCGUUCUCAAUUUCCGGCAAAAAUCACAGACAAACAGACUUUGCAAAUAAAAAAGAAGUCUGUUUGUCUGCGAUUUAGAAGUAAAUUUACGCUGAAACACUUGUCUGUUCACACUUCUUUGUUAUUUUACCGCCACAUUUUCGUUAUACGUUUUUGAUUACUCUUGCGAAGUUUAUGUUUACAAAAAAAAAACAGAUUUUUAAGGUUAGGAUUAAGGAAGCUACCCCCGCAGCAGCAGCGUGAGUGCAUAUUGAAGAAGAAAAAAGUCCAAAAAAAAAGCAAGGCCACUUCCCUACUAGUCGUCAAAGUCCCCAAGCCCUGCCUACCCCCCAAAACUUAAUCAGCACACUUAGGAUGAGAUUAAGAAGUGACUAUUUAUUUAUCGUCUUAUUUAUUAUAUUCAUACAAUGAAGUUUAUACAACUAUGAUAGCUUAUUAAAACACAAAACCAAACCACGCUAGUGAUAAACCAAGCAGCUUAACAAAUAAAAAUUGCAAGCAAAAUAUUUAAAAUUGAAACUUCUUUUUAAUCGAAACCAAAACAUUGAUGAUUUCUCGCGAGAGUUUGGCAACACUGGCUGCUGUAACCAAUAGAACGCAACAACAAAAAAAAACACAAAAUAUUACUCAAUUUUGGAACUCGAAUUGGCGCAGUCUUCCGCUGCUUUCCACACCAAAAGUAAGUGAAAGCAGUCCAGGAAUGACGGUCCUUCCAAAAAAGUUAAAAUGCUUCAUAAAAAAUUAUCAAAUUAACCCCCGCCCGAAGGCACUCUCCACGAUGCAGUGUGCAGAUGAACAAAAAAAAAUAAGCACACCCCUCGUCGGCAGAGUUGCCAGCACUUUCGAUGACGUUAGCCCAAAACGCUCAAUAAACGAAAACAGCGAUGGAAUGUUGCGGAUGCUGCUUUUUGUGACUGGCAACACUUGUGUCAGUCUUCAUUUUUUGCUUGACUAAUGUUUAACUUUGACCAAAAAGGGUUUUCUCGAGAAUUUUUCGAAGUUCUUAAAAAAUCUACAAAAACAAAUUUUUCAACAAUUUUUCUCUCCGUGCAUUCCGACAUCGCUCCCAACUCAGCCCAGAAACUCUCUCACUCUCGCGCGAGAUCAUCAAUCUUGGCAGCGCAGUGCUCGAUUCGAGCAGUUCGUUUUCCCGACUCUGCGUCCGCGCCAAUGCUUUCCAGCUCCGAUUUUUCCUCUUAUUUUUUUUUCUGAGGGGGUGUGUGAAAAUCCGAACCGCUAAACGAAAGUGAAAACCUGUCAGCAAUAAGCCGCAAUUAAUUGAUCGCCGGACGCCGCCACCUAGCGGCAGUGUGCAAAACUAAAAUUACGUGAAUUUUUCGAGUAGAUUUGAGGUGGUUCCGUGUGCAAAAUCUUCGGAGCGCGCAAGGUGCAAACCGUUUGGAAUUUUCCAAACGUGAGUCAGCGGACUCACGCGUGGCGCGCGGAAAGCCGAUACAGAGAGAUAUUGGACGUGUGAAAAGCGCUUUUCCUGCUCCGUGGAUUCUGGGAAAAUUUUCACACACGGGCGCACGCACGGCGAGCACCCGCCGCGAGGGUUAUUUUUAGCCCCCGUCACAGUCCGGGAAAUUCGAGUCCCGGGCGGCGGACACUCGACGGCAGGCCCCGCCGGCUAAUGGACGUGAAAAUGAGCCCGUAAAUUGCACUUCUUUAAUGACAGGUCCCACUGGUUCGGUUUUCCACUGCUCUGAGAGGGAGAGGAAUAAAAAAAAGUGGACGGAGGUUUCGGAUAACAAAAGACUAACGGACUUUCACUUUGAAUCGGUUUUGACUUUAUUUACUGCAUUUUUUUUUAUUUUUUUGGCGGUUGAAGCAACUUUUGCACAUUAAUUUUAAUUGGGCGGUCGACGCAGAGUUUCGCGAAAAGUGCUGCUUUAUGAGAGCGCGAGAUUAAAUUUGAAACAACCGACAGUCAGGAAAUCAACGCUUGAACGAUUCAUUUUGUAACUAAGGCACGGCAAAACAUACCCUCGUAAUAAGACAAACACACAGAAUAGCGGCAAUAAAGUUUCUGAAAAUAGCUUUAAAUUAGGAUCUUUUUACUUGGCCACCCCUCUUUCGACCCCGAGCGAGAACCCUGAGCGAACGAUCAAGGCUGGUUCCUUGGUACGAGAUACGAUUUAUGGCCGCUACCGGCGGAACCUUGAUCUCCGGACGCGCGCGUGUGUUUUGAUGGUCCCAAGUUGACGCCAUCUGGUUUCCAGGUUGGUUUACCACCCUCUCUACCAAAUCGCGCCAACUUGUACCGGGCGAAAUUUUCUAGAACUUUCCGCCAAGGAUGCGUUGUCCUGUCCGCAUUCGGACCGUUGAAUCACGUUUCGCGGCCGAUUGGUUCCGUUGUCACGCGAGUCCCACGCCACACGUCACACACCUGUCCGCGGCUGUCAUUCGCGUGCCGCCCCGUGCAAAACAAUAAACAACCGCUGAAUCAUCGCGGCUUGACCGUUCGCUCUCGCUCCAACUAGAACCUUGCCUUGGACUUGGACUCUCUGUAUGCACUCAACGCGCUGCCAAAGUAGCUUCCUCCCGGCCGGACACUUCCGGCCCGGCAUCAAGUGUGUCCUGUUCGAAUAAAAAUCGAAAAACAAAACAAUAGAUUAGCAUUGUGGUAAUCCCGGGCCGACGACGCAGCCGCUGAUUGUUUGCAAACUUUGAUGCAACUUUGAGCCGCUGCGUCGCGACGCGCAAUCAAAAACAUCGAUAAAUCAACCAGUCCGGCGAGAGCUGGGCACGUAUACUUAUCUUUUUAACGGCUUUUCUUUCGGCUCGUCUAAAUAUAAGCUCUCUUUUGUUUAAUUUCGCUGCUGCUUCGGGCCGGCUGAGGGUCACUUUGAAAGUGGCCCCGGGGUCGCGCCGCGUCGGUGCACUAACUGCAACACUGCUAGGGACACGCUUUGGAGGACCAUUAACUCACGUAGGGACCAGGGCCGAACUAGCCGCUUGCUGCAGGGCACUAAUCUACUCAAUGUUUCACUAGUUUUUAAGGCUCUAACUUAUUGAUUAUUGUUUAAGUGACCUAGCUCGUAAGACAAACACUACCAACUGGUUUAUUUUGUUUUUUAUUAUAUAGUUUUUGUAAAACGACCCAAUUAACCAUUCGCGAUCACGACACUUUUGUAAAUUUUGUUCAAGUCGCGGCCCAAGCGAAACAAGUACGUUAAGGUGAUACAGAAAUCAACCAAAAAAUUGAUAAAAUGAAAAAUAACAAACGCUUUUUGUUUCCGUU